AUGGGCACUCGGAGGAGACCCGGGGACCCGGGCGUGCCGCCGGCGCGGGAUUCGGAAGACCUCUUCCAGGACUUGAGCCCGUUCCAGGAGACUUGGCUGGCCGAAGCUCAGGUUCCAGACAGCGAUGAGCAAUUUGUGCCUGACUUUCAUUCAGAAAACUUGGCUCUUCACAGUCCUCCUGUGAAGAUUAAAAAGGAGCCACAGAGUCCCUCCUCGGGCCCCACGCUCUCCUGCAACCAUAAGCAGCCUUUCCAGUACCCCAGUGGCGAGCAGUGCCUUUACGCCAGUGCCUAUGAUCAACCCAGACAAGUUGGAAUCAAGUCACCCAACCCAGGAACCCCGAUACAGUCACCACUCCAGCAGUUCCCUCGACAGGACAGGAGCUUCCCGAGCCCUGUGGGGCCACCCCCCACCACGUCCAGCUGUGGAUACCUCAACAAAAAUGGCUCUGCAUUCCAGCCACCUGUGGAGAUGUGCCAUUCCUUCCCCUCCCAGGGAGACCCCAUUGCCUACCAGCACCAGAUGCCUGAGCCCUGCCUCCAGUACCCUCGUCAGGGCUUCAAACAGGAGUACCAUGACCCAUGCUACGAGCAAGCCAGCCAGGCAGGCAGCAGCCGUCCGUAUCCAGCAGCUGCGGGGAUCAAGCAGGAGCAGGGGGACUACAUGUAUGGCUCAGACAUUCCUGGCUGUCCUUCCAUGUACAUAAAUGCUGAGAGUUAUCCAAGUUACUCAAAUACAGAAGAUACAUUAGGCUGCAGCUACGACAAGCAGAGGAGGUCCUUCACUGAUGAUGCCUGUGUUGUUCCUGAAAAAUUUGAAGCAGAUGUCAAGCACGAAGCUGGAGGGUACCGGGAAGGACCUCCAUACCAGAGACGAGGAUCUCUUCAACUCUGGCAGUUUCUUGUGGCUUUAUUAGACGAUCCAACGAAUUCCCACUUCAUUGCCUGGACUGGUAGAGGGAUGGAGUUCAAGCUCAUUGAGCCAGAAGAGGUAGCCAGGCUGUGGGGGAUCCAAAAGAACCGUCCAGCCAUGAAUUAUGACAAGCUGAGCCGAUCCCUUCGCUACUAUUAUGAGAAAGGCAUCAUGCAGAAGGUGGCUGGAGAGCGCUACGUGUACAAGUUUGUCUGCGAGCCUGAAGCCCUGUUCUCACUGGCCUUCCCCGAAAACCAGCGGCCAACGCUGAAGGCAGAGUUUGACCGGCAGAUCAGUGAGGAGGACACAGUGCCUCUUUCUCACCUGGAUGAGAAUGCCACUUACCUGCCGGACCUUGGGAGCCUCCCUCCACAUCCUUACGGCAAAGACUACACAUUCUAG